AAUGCCGUUUGUUCUCAGGCUGCCCUACAGCGCACAGAUGUCAUUCUGGAAGUAGGCCCGGGAACCGGUAACCUGACAGUAAAGAUGUUGGAGAAAGUAAAAAAAGUUAUUGCUUGUGAAAUUGACCCUAGACUUGUUGGUGAACUUCAGAAGAGAGUCCAGGGCACGUGUUUGGCAAACAAACUUGAAAUCAAGGUUGGAGAUAUCUUGAAAACAGACUUACCAUUCUUUGAUGCAUGUGUGGCUAACUUGCCUUACCAGAUUUCUUCACCUUUUGUGUUCAAGUUGUUGCUUCAUAGACCUUUUUUCAGGUGUGCAAUACUUAUGUUUCAAAGGGAAUUUGCACUUCGUUUGGUUGCAAAACCAGGAACUAAACUAUACUGCAGACUCUCUGUUAAUACUCAGUUAUUAGCUCGAGUGGACCAUCUGAUGAAGGUUGGAAAGAACAACUUCAGGCCUCCGCCCAAAGUUGAAUCCAGUGUUGUCAGAAUAGAGCCAAAGAACCCACCACCACCUAUCAACUUCCAGGAGUGGGAUGGUCUAGUAAGGAUAGCCUUUGUUAGGAAAAACAAGACACUCUCUGCAGCAUUUAAGUCAAGUGCUGUAGAGCAGUUGCUGGACCAUAAUUACCGAAUUCAUUGUUCCUUACAUAACACAGAAAUACCUGAAAGCUUCAAAAUUUCAGAGAAAAUACAGACAGUCCUAAAAAAUACAGGUUACUCUGAAAAACGAGCUCGUUCAAUGGAUAUAGAUGAUUUCAUUAGACUGCUGCAUGGCUUCAAUUCAGAAGGCAUCCAUUUCUCAUAG